AUGGAAGCUGACACCGAAAUCCCGUCUUCUUCUUCAUCUGGAUGGAAAUACGAUGUAUUUUUGAGUUAUGAAAGAGAAGAAACAGAGAACAUUAAUUUCGCAAGUAAGCUCUGCGCUUUCCUGGAGAAGACCAACCUCAAAACAUUGAAGGACGAUGAGCCCAUGAAAGCAGGAGAGCAUAUCUCUCCGAUGCUCAUGCAAAGAAUCAAAGAAUCAAGAUGCGCAAUUAUCAUAUUCUCUAGGAACUAUGCUUCUUCAAUAGGAUGCCUAGAAGAGCUUACCUUGACAAUGGAAUGCAGAAAAAAGCUUGGCCAAAAGGUAUUUCCUGUUUUCCUAAUGGGUGUCAAACCAUCGGAAGUACGGCAUCAGAAGGGAAGCUUUGAAGAGCCUUUUCGCUUCUACCAAGAGCACUUUGAGCCAGAAGUGGUGGAAGGGUGGAGAUCAGCACUGAGAGCAGCAGGUGAAAUCAGUGGAUGGAACAUGAAUGACUUACCUCACGGCGAUGAAGAAAAGUUGAUUGCGAAGAUGGUGAAAGAAGUCUCGAAUUUGCUACUGGACGACGGUCUCGUUGCUGAGAGAUGGGAGCAAUUCUGGCAAGGGGUGAUUUCAAGCUUACUCAUCUGCCGAGAUCUUAUGCCGGCGGUGAUUUCUGAUGGACCCUGA